CUUCCCCCCUCAGCGGUAGAUAGAUACAGCUCUCAGACUUCUCACGGUGCAAAGUUACAUCGGCAACCAGCAGCGAAACCUUGUGUAAUCGUGUGUCUUUUAAGAUACUAAACAGCGCCGAUAGUUUCCCCACAUGAGAGACAACACCGAUGUGGAUAGCGGAGCUGCUGGUUUCAGCUUUUUGGAUCAAGGUUCAUGUGUUUUUUUCUUCAGAUUUCGGCAGUUUUCACAGACGCUGGUAGGAACGAUGGAUAAGAGACGUGGCUGGCUGUGGAGUGCAGCAGGCCUGGAUCCUGCUCUCCAACACCAGGGCUGAGGAGCUGCAGAGGAGUAGGGAGUUUCCCGAGGAGACUCCACCCUCCUGACCUCUGUCAGGCCUUCCUCAGCAUCACCUCAGCUGUCUUUCUCGCGGUCAUCCACAUCCUCCAGGCUGUCCGUGUGUAACCAAGUUUUGAACUGACCUUUACUGAAAUUUAAGGGGCUACAUUCCAGCCACCUCCUCAGGCGCCCCUGAAUAUUGUUUUAUGUCCUCCUGAAUCUGAACCAUGAGGAACACCAGAUCGAGCCUGCUGCUGGGCUGCGUGCUCCUCUGCUCCGCCUCCCUGCUCUACCUGGGCAUGAGCGGGAUAGAAUGCCCUCCAAAAAGCCAUCGGUACCGGUGGAUGGAGCUCAACCUGGGCUCAGCCAAUCAGAGCUUAUCCCUGACUGAACACUUCCCCGAAGACACGCCCCUAAUCUUCAUUGGAGGCUUUCCAAGGAGCGGCACCACGCUGAUGCGCGUCAUGCUGGAUGCCCACAAUUCUGUUCGGUGCGGGGAAGAGACCCGAGUGAUUCCACGCCUCUUGGCCAUGCGGGCCACCUGGAGCCGCUCGGUGAAGGAGAGGAUACGACUAGACGAGGCCGGCGUCACUGACCAGGUGUUGGACUCAGCCGUGCGAGCGUUCCUGUUAGAGGUGAUAGUCGGCCACGGGGAGCCUGCACCUCGUCUUUGCAACAAGGACCCGUUUGCCUUGAAGUCUCUCUCGUAUCUGUCACGCAUCUUCCCUAAAGCCAAAUUUGUGCUCAUGCUACGAGACGGACGGGCAACCGUCCACUCCAUGAUAUCACGCAAGGUGACCAUCUCUGGCUUCGACCUGACCAGCUACAGGGACUGUCUGACCAAGUGGAGCAGCGCGGUGGAGACCAUGUACAGCCAGUGCCAGACAGCCGGCGAGUCCAGAUGUCUGCCCGUCCGCUACGAGCAGCUUGUCCUCCAUGCAGAAGAGGAAAUGAGGAAGUUGCUUCACUUCCUAGAGCUGCAGUGGGACCCUUCAGUGCUGCACCAUGAAGAGCUGAUUGGAAAGGCUGGUGGCGUGUCUCUGUCCAAGGUUGAGCGCUCCACCGACCAGGUGAUGAAGCCGGUGAACACAGACGCCCUCUCCAAGUGGGUCGGGCACAUUCCCCCUGACGUGAUAAGCGACAUGGCUGAAAUCGCCCCCAUGCUGGCUCGCCUGGGCUACGACCCCCAUGCCAACCCGCCCGACUACACGAAACCAGACCCCAUGAUGUCCCUGUUCAACUACUCACAGAAUUUGAAAGCAACAGAGACUCCACACCCCAGUUAAGCGAAAGAGGAAAAAAAACUCGGCCUCGCUGUUCCACGAUAUGGAUUUACCUUACACACACACUUCCAGUUCAGCAGUAAUUAAACCUCACAGGAAAGUUUUCAAAGUGUCCCAUGUGUAUAUUUGAAUUGUUUGUAAGACUAAUGUGCGGUGUUAAUGUCUGAACACGGGUGGAGUGUUUAAAAUACGGACUCAUCAAGUGGUUUGGGUUUUUUAUCUCAUGUGGACUACCUGCUACCUUGGAAGUUUCUCACUCUCCAACAUCUCCUCUAAGGUGAACCAACAGUAUUACACUGCAUUGUGACGCGUCCUCUCACCUCGUACCUGAAAGUAUUUCAACAUGUCUGUAAAGUUGUUAUGAUUCACCACAAAUGUGAAUGUGUCUUUAGACUAAUCUUUCACUUACUGAGAGUUCAGUCAGUGUUCAUGAAGCAUAAUGACUGUAUAUUUUUGAAGACGUAUGUUUAUUUUCUUAAUAAAUUAUUUUGGUGUUGACCAUCCAUUCAGGAAUCUAAAGUUGUUUAUUCUGAAUUGAGGUUUUUUUUUAAUUGUUGGAUAUUGUAGAACAUGAAUAAAAAGAGUCUAAAUGUCACCUUA